AUGUCUGUGUCUCGCCAAGUCUAAGUGCAAAGAGAUAGACUCAGAUCUCGCGACAGAGUAUAAGCUGGUCAACAAGUACUCGAUCAAACAGCUCUUGAAAAUCAAAAUAGACUCAAAACUAUUAAAGUAAGCUAGCAAAACCAGUAUGAAACUCACAAUGCCAAGCUUCAGCCCAAUCAUAGACGAGGAGAAAGUCUUAAGAAUUCAACAAUCUAGCUCAGUUCUCGUCACAACGAAGAUGCUGUGCUCUUUAACAAUAACGACAGAGUUUACAAGGAUGCAGGCUCAAAGUAAGAAAACGAGAGAGCAGCUUUCUCAAGGGCUUCAGUUUCAACCUAGAGAGUAGACUAAAUUGUCAAGAAUAUGGAGGAAUUUGAUUCUCCUUCAUAAAACAGAGGCAGAGGAUUAUCACAGAACAUUGGAUACUUGGAAAAUCUAGCUAAUAAAAACUAAGGCGCUUCCUAUUAGGAUGAGGGCAUGAAAUCAUUCUAUGAAAAGUCGCCGGUAGCAAAGCAUUACGCACAUCAUUUCCAACAGACAGCAAGCAGUUCGAACGGUUUCAACAGAAAGCUAAAGAUGAGGGAUACCUUUACGAAAAUAUUCCCAAGCUAUACUCAUGGACUCCCCACCGUAUUUGAUAAGCCAGUAGCUCAUUCUUAAUUUGUAUACCCCGACACUAUAGAGGGAAAACCUACUCACUAGAUUGAUAGAACUUAUACAAAGAAGAAUGACUUCAUAAAGAUUUACACAGAAGAGAUUUUGAAGAUUGCAAAUAUGAGGAGAAUCAGCAAAUGA